CUGGAGAGAAACCACGAGACCCCACCAACCAGCCUUUGCUGCUGCUGCUGCUAAUCCCACCAGCAGCCCACCUCCCUCCUCCUCCUCCUCCCUUUGACUGAACUCUCGCUUUCCUAAAGCCUUCCCCUUUGGAAAGCGCCCGCCUGGGGCUCCCCUCCCUUUAGCUGGAGCUGGUGGAUUGGCGUGGUGUGUGUGUGUGUGUGUUUGUGUGAACGCGGAUCGCGUUGCCUCCUCCUCCUCUUUCUCCUGCUCUCUCUCUCUCUUUCUGGCAGCCGCCAUAACUGCGGGGGCAACCCAAACUUGCUCCAGCCUGGCACCGCCAACUCCUCCUCCCACCGAUCGCCUCUUUCCCUUUCCACGCGGGUUCGUGGCAGCGAGAGAAAAAGGAAAGGGAAAAUAAAGAAGUUGCCGAGCAGCAAUAGCAGCAGCAGCAGAUAUUCAUUAAGCCUCAUAAACAGUCAUCUGAUCUUCACGUAACAACACUGAAGAUUUCUGGACAACGUUUGUUGAACUUUUGCUAUACCAUAGAGAAAAUUGAAACGUAGUCCUUCAUUCCUGGAAGAUGAAUUGAAAAGUUCCAAAUGUUGAAAGCUUUGUUUGCAAGUGCAACUCAUCAGAGGCAUGUGCUUUAAAAGCAGAAGAGUUGGUGAAGCGCCUUCUGGAAUUAUUUUCUAUUCACCGUUGUAGCAAAUGUAUGUUCAUUUGUAGAAGUGAUCCAUCAGAUAAAAGACAUUUGGAAACUGCAUCGUAUUACUUUAAUGCGAUGUCUCUGUUUUCAUAAACUCUCUAUGCUAAACUCCCUACGCUGUUCUACUGCCCAAUGAACUUUUGCUCCUGGACUUCCCAAGUAUUAUUGUAGAACAAAAAGUCAUAACAUGGCCCUCGUUGUAUAUGGAGCAGUGAGUUUAUUUUUUGGAAUGGCAUCAGCGCUUGGUCCAGUGCCUCGGAUCAACUGGGGACACAAAGAAGUUCAUCUAGUACAUUUUCAAGAACCAGAAACUUUUAACUAUUCAACCUUGUUGCUAAACGAAUACAAAGAUAUUUUGUACGUAGGAGCUAGAGAAGUCAUAUUUGCUCUGAAUUCAUUGAAUAUUUCUGAAAAAAAGCAAGAGGUGUUUUGGAAGGUCACAGAAAACCAGAAAACUAGAUGCGCAGAAAAGGGCAAAUCCAAGCAGACAGAGUGCCUUAACUAUAUCCGUGUCUUACAACAACUGAGUGACACUUCACUCUAUGUAUGUGGAACUAAUGCAUUUCAGCCGGUCUGUGAUCAUCUGAAUCUGACAUCAUUCAAACUUGUGGGCAGAAAUGAUGAUGGUAAAGGAAGAUGCCCAUUUGAUCCUGCACAGAGUUAUACAUCAGUCAUGGUUGAUGGGGAUCUUUACUCUGGAACAUCUUACAACUUCUUGGGAAGUGAACCAAUCAUAUCUCGGAAUUCACUGCAGAAUCCUCUAAGGACCGAAUAUGCAAUUCCUUGGCUUAAUGAACCACAUUUUGUUUUUUCCGAUGUUAUAAGAGCUGAUCCAAACAGUGCCAGUGAGGAGGAUGACAAAGUGUAUUUCUUUUUCACUGAGGUCUCAGUGGAAUAUGAAUUUCUUGGCAAGCUGAUGAUUCCAAGGAUAGCAAGAGUUUGUAAGGGGGACCAAGGAGGACACAGAACUUUGCAAAAGAAAUGGACUUCAUAUCUCAAGGCGAGAUUGCUUUGUUCUAUGCCAGAGAAAAACUUAUUUUUCAACAUUGUCAAUGAUGUCUUUAUCCUUAAGACACCCAGCUUGAAGGAGCCAGUGAUUUAUGGUGUUUUUACUCCACAGUUGAACAAUGUGGGCCUUUCAGCAGUGUGUGCCUAUAACAUCUCUACAGUGGAGGAUGUUUUCACCAAAGGGAAGUACAUGCAGAGCACCACAGUUGAACAGUCCCACACAAAAUGGCUACGGUACAACGGAGAGAUUCCAAAACCAAGACCUGGUGCAUGUAUAAACAAAGAGGCCAGAGCUGAAAAAAUCAAUACAACGCUCAACUUACCUGACAAAACAUUACAGUUUGUCAAAGACCAUCCUCUGAUGGAUGACUCUGUAAUGCCGAUAGGAGACAGACCCAGACUGGUAAAGAGAGAUGUGAAGUAUACACAGAUUGUGGUAGACCAAGUCCGAGCACUGAAUGGCACUUUGUACGAUGUCAUGUUCAUCAGUACAGAUCGAGGAGCCCUUCACAAAGCAAUCAGCUAUGAAAAUGGAAUGCACAUUAUUGAAGAAAUCCAACUCUUUCCUAACUUUGAACCCAUUCAGACUUUGUUGCUUUCUUCAAAAAAAGGCAAGCAGUAUCUCUAUGCUGGAUCCAAUGCAGGAGUUGUCCAGUCUUCUGUUGCAUUUUGUGAGAAGUAUAGCUCUUGUGUGGACUGUGUUCUGGCAAGAGAUCCAUACUGUGCUUGGAAUCCCCAGGCCUCCUCUUGUGUGGAUAUCUUCAAAGAAAGUGAGACUGAGAGGGACUGGAUUCAGAACAUCAGUGGAGAUGCCUCCUCUUGCACAGAUAAAGUCAGAGAGCAUUCUCUGCAGCAUACUUUCAAGCAUGGGAGCACUGCAGAGCUGAAAUGUUCUCAGAAGUCCAACCUGGCCCAAGUGGUUUGGAAAUUCAAGGACGAUGUCUUAAAGGUGGAAAGUCCCAAGUACCGUCUUCUGGAGAAAGCUCUGCUCAUCUUCAAUUUGUCCGAGGGAGACAGUGGUGUGUAUCAGUGCCUGUCGGAAGAAGAAGUAAAGAACCAGAAGUUCUCCCAGGUGUUAGCUAAACAUGUUUUGGAACUGAAAAAAAUCCAGCAGACCACUCUGAGCCCAACCCCACCAACCAUUCGGACUGAAGGUAACGGAGAAGCGCUCAAAGCAUCAGUAAUAGCUACCCAGGGGUCCGCUGGUCACACUUCAACCACUCCAAUUGUAUCCAUUGCAACAUCCAGGAUAGUCACAAAUCACGUUGUCCCUGACUUAAUGAGCACUGUCUCUGAUAUUGAACAUUCAAAUUCACUUGCCGAGGUCCCUGAAAAGACCCUCUUCCUGAAGGCGAAUGAUAAUUCGCUUUUGAUGUUUCUUUUUCUCCUCUUUUUUGUGCUCUUCUUGUGUCUGUUUGCCUAUAACUGUUACAAUGGGUUCUUGCCAGACAUGUGUUUGAAAUUUCGCUCGGCUAUGUUACUUGGGAAGAAGAAACCCAAGGCAGAUUUUUCUGAUUGUGAGCAAAGCGUGAAGGAGACACUGGUGGAGCCAGGCAGCCUCAUGACCCAAAGUGGGGACCAUACCAAGCCAGCGCAUGAUACAGGCUAUGAGACGGAAGCAGACUAUGGAAAUGGCCACGUCCAACAUGAUGAGGAACAUUCACAUUCCUACAAAGAAAUGAAGGACAAACCUUUUGAUGUGAAAUGUGAAUUGAAAUUUGCUGACUCGGACGCUGAGGGUGAUUAAAGGAGAAAUUCCUCAACUUCUUUAAUGAAAGUACUGUUAUUCCAGAUUGUCUAUUUUUGAGCACAUUCACUUUUUGAUGUGAUGACUGGGUCAGAAAGGGCUACAAGGUCUCAUUUUUACUGGUGACACAUUGUCAGUUCACAAAGCAGACAAUUUUGCAUUCUGUUACAUUUUUAUUUUUUAUGUUUUUGUCUUUUUUUCUUUCAUUUUAAAUGGCCAGUUAUGAUUUCACAUGGUGAAUUUCUCCACUCCCACUCACUCACCCAUUGCCACAUUUGCAGGAUGAUUUAACACUCGCACAUACUAUUUGAAUUAAUUUCUCUUUUUUCAUAGAAGGUAAAAAGUAACUUUUUUUUAAUGCAGAGCCAUGCCAAAAAGGAUUUAAGUAGCUCAAGGCUGUGCAUACUUAACUGCCAUUAAAAUCUAAUUUCAGUUUAAUUCCAAAUUGGAAAUGAUAUUUAGUUUAUCAGAUUGGUAAAUGAUAGCCUUUUUGUCCAGAUUGAGACAUUUCUUUGCAACUAGUGAUUUCUAAUGCUUAUGUAAAUGCAGUAGUUGUAUUUUGUCUGGUAAGUUUUAUUGGUGAAGGAAAUGUUGGGUUUAAAAAAAACAAAUUGUUAGUGUACCUUAUUAGACUAUGGUGUAUAUUGGGACAAAUCUGGCUAGGUUUGCUUAAGGUUCUCAGGGAUAUGCUUUGGUUAAAUGCUUUUUCUUCCUUUCUAGAGCUGUCAAGGUGGUAAUCACUUUUUGAGUGCUUAAUUUUUUUUUUGUUGUUUUUUUAUUGUGAGAGACUUCAUUUUAGUAAAGAGAUAUUUUUAAAAUGAAAUUGGAAACUGCCACAUUAAUUGGGUUUUAUAAGGUUUUUAAAAAGCGGAUUAUUGUAAGUAAACAGUAGUCACCGAAACACUUCAUUGUGAGAAGCAUAUGUCUUCUGGAUGCAAUGCAGAACUUGGCAAGUGUUUUCCCGGGCAUCCUGAAAGAGAUUGCUUGAGGAUGUGAUCUAUUUUUCAGCUUCUUUCACUAUUGGAAAGCAGUCAGAUCUGCCCACCUUCCACCACAAAUAGCCAGCCUUGCCAACUAUUUUCACAUUUUCUUCACAACAUCCUCUAAUGUUUUUAAAAAGCAACCGGAGCUAAAACAAAUAGAUGAGAACUAUCCUGGUAUUGGACCACAUGCUCUCUUUUGGAACUCUAUACUCAAUGUAGUUCACAACAGCACUAUUUUGUUUGUAAAGUUCCUUUGUGCUGUACAGUUUUAAUACUUGUUCUCUCACUGUCUUGUGUCUCUCCUGUGCUCUAUGUCAGAAAUACAAGGUUUAGAAACAGGCGGGAUUUUGUUGUUGUGUAGGCGGUAUGUCCUGAGAUUCCUUUUUCUUAAUUUCUGUUGAAAUCUUCGCCAACCCACCCGACAGAAUUAGUGCUGACAGUUUUCUAUUUUGUAUGAUUAAUUUUGCUUUUAUUUUUCUAUUUUUAAUUUUGACUGUUUGUGUAAAUAUAUAUAUAAAUAUAUGAAAAAUGAUUAAAUAAAUAUUGAAAGUAA